AUGGAAGAUGACAAGAACGAUUACAAUCCCGAGGAGGAAGUCACAACUGGAAACUGGAACACCCCCAAGAUCGAACUGAAGGAAGUGGAGAUAAAAACGGGGGAAGAAGAUGAAAGCCUGUUUUGGUCCGGAAGGUCCAAAUUGUACAGGUGGGUAGACGGCGAAUGGAAAGAACGAGGACUAGGAGAAUCAAAACUAUUGUUACACAAGAAGAAAGGAAUCAUCAGGUUUCUGUUAAGACAGGAGAAAACACUAAAGGUUGUGGCAAAUCAUUACAUCUACCCCAAUAAGUCCUACUGCAAACUCGUGCCCAACGCAGGGAGUGAAAAGAUUUACGCGUGGACAGUUAAAGAUUUUGCAGAGGAACCCAAAAUUGAGCAGUUUGCCUUAAAAUUCAACACUGCAGAGGCGGCCAAGCUGUUCAAGCAGAAGUUUGAUGAGGCUGGCCAGGUGAAUUUGAAGCUUCUCGAUGAUAGCGGGCAGCUCAAGGCUAAGGUAGCGGAGGAAAAGGAAGAUAAGAAGGAGGAGAAGAAGGACGAGAAGAAGGACGAGAAAAAGGAAGAGAAGAAGGAUGAAAAGAAGGAAGAUAAGAAGGAAGAAAAGAAGGAAGAGAAAAAGGAGGAGAAAAAGGAUGAAAAGAAGGAAGAGAAAAAGGAAGAAAAGAAAGAAGAUAAGAAAGAAGAGAAAAAGGAAGACAAGAAGGAAGACAAGAAAGAAGAGAAAAAGGAAGAGAAAAAGGAAGAGAAAAAGGAAGAGAAAAAGGAAGAUAAGAAGGAAGAUAAGGAGGAGAAGGACAAGAAGAAGAACGAGGAGGAAGAAAACAUCAAGCGAGAAGACUGA